CUGGGUCCUAGAGAGGCCUGGGGAUUUGAAGAAGGCUGAUGGGAAAGCGUCUCUUCCUGGACCGCCUUCAUGGUACAAGAAGAAAGGAAGGCAACUUCUGAAUGGCUGCAGGAAGGAUAAGGAGUCUGUGAAUGAAGCAGAUAACAAGGUUUGUGAGCAGAGCAUCUCUGAACAAAGGGAAGGAGUUGGGAUACAGUGAGACCAAGCAAAGAGAGAGAUCCCAACUUCAUGUGAAGGCAGAAGCCAUUGGGAAGCAACCAGAUGAACUUCCAGGGAUGACUAUGGGUGAUUCCAUUCUGCAUGGGGAAAACCUUGGUGAAACUAUAAAGGAGGAGACUGAGAAGGAUGAAGGAGAAGUGGCAUUUGCUGAAUAUGAGGAGAGCUCGCACAUGGCUACAUAUAUUAGAACCCAUGCAGAAAAGAAAUUGGAUGAGUUUUCAGACUCUGGGAAUUCCUUCAGGGCGGAUGCUCCUAUUGUUACAGGGAAGAAACCACAUGGCUGCUCAGUGUGUGGGAAAAGUUUCUCUCAGAAGGGGCACCUGGUGGUUCAUGAGAGAAUCCAUGCAGAAGAGAAACCGUAUAAAUGUCUAGACUGUGGGAAAUCUUUCUGUAAAAAUGCUGACCUUGUCAGGCAUCACCGAAACCAUACAGGGGAAAAACCCUACAAAUGCUCCGUGUGUGGGAAAUCCUUCAGUAUGAACUCUGACUUCCUUCGACAUUACAGAACCCAUACAGGAGACAAAACCUAUGAAUGCUCGAACUGUGGAAAGAGCUGCGGCACAAAAAGCCACCUGGUGGCACAUCUGAGGAUGCACACAGGGGAGAAACCAUUUACAUGCUCAGUCUGUGGGAAAAGUUUCUCUCAGAAAGGAAACCUUGUCAUUCAUGAGAGGCUCCAUACUGAAGAUAAACCCUAUAAAUGUUCUGAAUGUGGGAAGUCCUUCUGUAAGAAUGCUGACCUUGUCAGACAUCACCGCAACCAUACAGGGGAGAAACCCUACAAAUGUAUGGACUGUGGGAGAUCCUUCAGUAUGAACUCUGACUUUAUUAGACAUUAUCGAACCCACAUGGGAGAGACUCCGUAUAAAUGCUCAGAAUGUGGGAAGCACUUCAGUAAGAAAUGUAACUUGGUGACUCAUGUGAGAAGCCACACAGGUGAGAAACCCUACUCAUGUCCAAUUUGUGGGAAGAGCUUUUCUCUGAAAGGAAACCUGGUUGCCCAUGAGAAAACCCAUAGACAAGAGAAACCGUGCAAAUGCUUGGAUUGUGGGAGAUCCUUCAGUGUGAACUCCAAACUGAUUGAACACCAGCGGCUUCACACGCGAGAAAAACCAUAUGAAUGCUCGGACUGUGGUAAAAGUUUUCGCUGGAUAGGAAACUUCAUGUCACACAUACAAUUACACUCGGGAGAGAAACCCUAUGAAUGUUCCCUCUGUGGGAAAUCCUUUAUUAUUCAGCAUGAUCUCAUCAGGCAUCAGAGAACCCACACAGGAGAGAAACCGUUUAGAUGCUUGGAUUGUGGGAAGACUUUCAGUCAGAAGGGAAGCCUGGUGGUACAUGAGAGAACCCACACAGGAGAGAAACCAUACAAAUGCGCAGAUUGUGGGAAAUGUUUUAACCUGAGCUCGUGCCUCACUAGACAUCAGCAAACCCACACAAGAGAGAAACCAUACAAAUGCACUGAUUGUGGGAAAAGCUUUGGAGUAAGUUCUCGUCUUAUACAGCAUCAGCAAACCCACAUAGGAGAGCGGUCGCAUAAGUGCUUAGAAUGUGGUCAAAGUUUCACUCAGAAAAAGACCCUUGUCAAGCAUACACAAACGCACAAGGGAGAGAUACCACACAAACACCCAGAAUGUGGGCAGACUUUCAGUGAUCUGUCUGGUUUUCUUCAGCAUAAGAAACUCCAUACAGAGGAGAACUCAUAUAAUUCUCCCUACAGUGAUGGAAACUUCAUUCAUACACCAGCUUUUACUGUGCAUGAGAGAAACCAUGCAGGUGAUAACCUGUAGAAAGGACUAGACCUGUAACUCCUGCCUGUAACCUUGGAGAAGCUGCUGCCAGUCUGUGUAGACAAUACUGAGCUAGAUGGACCAACGGUCUGACUUGGUAUAAGGCAGCUUCCUAUGUUCUCAAAAUUGGGUCCUCAGAUGUUGUUGGACUACCACUCCCAUCUGCCCCAUCUUUGACCAUUGUGGAGAGGAAUGAUGGGAACUGUAGUCCAACAACUUCUAGAAACCCAAGUUUGAGAACCCUGUCCUAGGCUAUUGAAGAUGUUAUAGUUUAUUUUCAUGCCUCACUAUUGAUCAGAUGAAAUCUACCAGAGAAAAGAUCUUAAAAGUGCUCUGACUUGUGAAAAGAGCAUCAGCCAAAGGUUAGAAUUUCUUGCUACUUGCAGAAAUUAUGGAAAUUUUCCUAUAUAAGUACCUUUUCAAUAGUAAAUAUGUACCAUUCCUGUAUAAAAUAACCACCUAAUGUGAACGGUGAGAAAAGUUUUCAGUUUCUCUUGCUCCCUGGAAACAUUACAGACUAUUGUAGGGGAAGAAACCAAAAGUGGGUAGCGUGAUCUAGUGCUAAAAUAUUAUCUUGUACAGAUAAACUAUCCUGGUACAAAGUCCACCUGGGCUCUAGUUCUUCUGCAAAGUACCUGGAGUCUUUCUGUGCUUUCCCUUACCUGUAAGGUUGAUUAUAGAAGAGCAAAGAACCCCAGGAGAAUGUAGGACCACCCUUCGUUUACCUCAGUCUGGAUAGAAAAUACCUGGAAAUAACUGGGAAUGGAAUAUCUCUUAAUUGUAUUCAACUAAGAGCAUUUGGAACCUGUUUUGUAUAUUUAUUUUCGUUCCAUAACUGAAUAACAAGCAGAAAUGUGUUGAUGGUCUUGCCUUUAAGUCUUGAUUUGACAUGUAUUGCUUCUUAUUAAUCUGCUUUCUCUCCUUUUGGAGGUAAAGGAAGAAAUCAGACCUGAUUCAUUGCCAACAAAUUCCUCUUAUACAUAUUUCAUCUCAGAACAAAUUGUUGAUAGAUUGUUAUAUUGCAAUUUUCUUUUUUAAGAGGUGGAAGGCCUCUCCUUUUCAGCCCUAUGUGUUCUCCCUGCGUUGCACCAAGAAGACUUCCCCUUGUUCUUGAGAUUAGUUUGACCAAUGGACUUUUUAGGCUACACUUCAAAAUGGAUACAGAUACGCUACGACAGAUACGGAUACGACAAGUAAAGAAAGUAAAGCUCGGGAAUUCAGUGAGACUUUGGAGAAAACAUGGGUUAGGAGUGGACUGCCUGCAUUCUACGUUGAAAUUGCCACAAUGUGUUAACUUGAAAACAUGCUGCGCACCCCGCUGCUCAGCUCAGCGGAUGCACAUGUGUUGUGGCUGUUUGAGGGGUCAGCAUGGCACAAACAUGCCAUGCUAACCCCUCAAGUAGCCUCCGUGCAUGCACAUCAGCGAGCUGAGCGAUGGUGGUGGGGUGCAUGGAGGGUAUGGGGUGGGAUGCUGGGCGGUGGCAAGGGAAGUAUGUUAAAGGAAUACUCUGCCUUCUGUUCUGCUCCACCUGCCUUAGUGUCCAGCGGCCACUGAGUCCUAAGCUCACUCAUGAACCACAUGCCUGAACAGGGAUUUUGCACAUAUGCUCCAGAUACUUAUUUAUUAUUUAUUUGUUAUUUCUCUGUGUAAACCCCGCCCCCACCCCGAGCCAUUUUUGGAAGGGCAGUAUAGAAAUCGAAUGAAUAAAUAAAUAAUAAAUCAUUAUCUGACAUGAGUGUAAAGGGACCGGUCAGAUUAGCAACUUCCUGCAGGCUCUUGGCACACCCUCUUCAUAAUUAUGUGUGUCAGAUUCUGUAUCAUCCAUAGUGGUCCAAUGAAAGCAGCAAUAAAUAACUCCUAAGUAAAAAUCCUGCACCAGAUCAGACUGUAAAGGAUAUGGGAACCAGGUGGCAGAAGAGCUGGUGGAAAGGGACAAAUGAGGUAGCAGUUUGAGAAAUGUGAUGGAAGCAGGACCAUCUCUCAGUGGUAGGGUGCUUGCUUUUCGUGCAGAAGGGCUCAGGUUCAGUCUCUAGCAUUGCCAAAUAAGGCUGAGAAAGACCUUUUCCUAUGUGGAAGAGAGGAUGGGUCUCCUGUAGCUUUAAGAGAUGCACAGAAGAGGGAAUUUCAGCAGGUGCAGCUUGUCCUGCAGGGGGAAAGAAAAGUGGCAGCUGCUGAAAUUCCUUCUUCUGUGCAACUCUUAAAGGUAUAGAAGACCUGUCCUCUUUUCCAUAUGGUAACCCUACUUGGAAGAAGCUGCUGCUUGCCAGUGUACACAAUACUGAGCUAGAUGGACCAAUGGUCUGACUAUGUUUCUAUGAACCCAGUAGAACUAAGGAGAAAUUAUGGAAGGGUAUAAUCCCCUCCCUAUUUUCCUUCGUGUGUUUUGUUUUUUAAUUUGUUAGCCUCUGAGAAAGACCCUACGACAAUUACUUUACUACAAAGCCUAAUAACUUAAGGGCUUUCUAAAUAAAACAUGAUUAUAACAUUUAACAUAAUUUUAACAUUAAAAAAAAAAGAAAAAUGCAACCAGCCUGAAGAAGAACUCUGUGUGGUCCCAAAAGCUGGCAUACUUCAUUGUGAACAUUUUUUUGUCCAAAUAAACAUAUUAUUGUACUAAA